AUGGCGAUGCGCUGGUUUCAGGCUUUCAGCAAGCUGUUGUCGUCAAUUGCGCUGAUCUUGGUUCUCUUUGCAGCAUUCGUGUUAAGCAUAGUGCUCCAUGCCGCUGCUCAGCCUGCAGACUUCCUGAGCAUCGACUGCGGCCUGGAGGCGAACUACAGCGGCUACAAGGACGCCAAUACCGGCAUCGUCUACGUCUCCGACGAGCCGUACGUCGACUCCGGCGAGAACCACAGGAUUGCCGCCGACCAGGAGAGCAGGUGGGGCGACACCAACCUCCGGACGCUCCGGAGCUUCCCCUCCGGCGUGCGCAACUGCUACACGCUCCCCACCCGCGCCGGCACCAGGUACCUGGUCCGCCUGUCCUUCGUCCACGGCAACUACGACGGCGGCGGCGGCGGCGGCGGCUGGUCGACGUUGAGCUUCGACCUGUACCUCGGCGUAGACCGCUGGGCCACCGUGGACAAAGACUACGCCCACGAGGCGGUGUUCGUGGCGUGGGCGAGCUGGGCGCCGGUGUGCCUGAUAAACACCGGCAGCGGCACGCCGUUCGUGUCGGUGGUGGAGCUGAGGCCGCUCGACGGUGCGCUCUACCCGUCGGUGAUGGCCAACCAGUCCAUGGCGAGGUAUGUACGCUGCAGCAUCGGGGACAAUAACAAGUUUAUCACAAGGUAUCCGGGUGAUCAAUAUGACCGGUUCUGGUGGCAGCUAGGAUACAGUAGCCCGACGUGGAAGAACCUUUCCACUGUUUCGGCCAUCACGCAAGAUUCCAUCUACACUGUGCUCUUGACCAUUAUCCAAACUGCCGUUGAGGCAGUCGGCAACAACACGAUGCUGAACAUUACAUGGCAAGAUCAAACGCCUCGUGGUCGUGGCUUGAAGUUUUUCAUGUACUUUGCUGACUUCCAGAACAGCCAGCUUCGGCAAUUCAAUGUCUCCUUCAACGACGUUGAGCCAUACCAGUACAGUCCACCGUAUCUAACCACCGGUGUCUUAUAUAACUCUGGAUGGUCAACUGCCACCGAUGGCAACUACAACAUCAGCCUAGUGCCUACGGCUGCGUCCAAGUUACCGCCGAUGAUCAAUGCCCUAGAGAUCUACACUCUCAUUUCCCAUGACAAUCCAACGACAUUCCCAGUGGAUUUUGAAACCAUCAUGGCAAUUAAACUCGAGUAUGGGAUAAAGAAGAAUUGGAUGGGUGAUCCAUGUUUCCCUGAAAAAUUUGCUUGGGAAGGCGUAAAAUGCAGCAAUUCAAGUAGUAACACAGCGAGGAUCAUCUCUUUGGAUCUGUCCAACAGCAACUUGCAUGGAGCUAUAUCUAAUAACUUCACAUUACUCAUGGCACUCGAAUAUUUGAAUUUGUCAUGCAACCAACUGAACGGACCAGUCCCUGACUCUCUACGUAAAAAUAACACAGGAUCAUUCAUUUUCAGCUUCAAUUCUGAUGGAAAUAUGUGCAACAAACCAAUAAUAGUCCCAUCUCCGCCAGGAAAAAGGUCAAAUAGAGCAGCUACCUUAGCUAUUUUGAUAGUGGUCCCUGCGACGGUGAUUGUUGUUCUUGUUCUUGUGUUUUUGAUCUGGAGACAGAAAAGAAACUCCAACUAUUCUACUGAGGAUCCUACAAGAGAUCGAUCAAAUCAACUUGAGAAUUCCCUAGAAAAAAGUCAAAAUCAUGGGGAUGUCCUGCAAAUAGUUGAGAAUCGCCAAUUUACAUACAUUGAGCUCGAGAAGGUCACUAAUAAGUUUGAAAAUCACAUUGGACAAGGCGGCUUUGGACCUGUGUACUAUGGUUGUUUAGAAGAUAAUACCGAGGUUGCUGUCAAGAUGCGUUCUGAAUUGUCGUCACAUGGGCUUGAUGAAUUUUUUGCCGAGGUUCAAAACUUAACAAAGGUGCACCACAGGAAUUUAGUUUCUUUGAUUGGUUAUUGCUGGGAAAGGGAUCAUUUAGCACUCGUUUAUGAGUAUAUGGCUCAAGGCAGUAUCUGUGACCGUUUGAGAGGUAAUAAUGGUGCUAGUGAAACCUUGAAUUGGAGAACGCGUGUCCGAGUUAUGGUUGAAGCGGCACAAGGACUGGAUUAUUUGCAUAAGGGUUGCAGUCUACCAAUAAUUCACCGCGAUGUGAAAACCAGUAACAUUCUUUUAGGUAAAAAUCUACAAGCUAAAAUAGCAGAUUUUGGACUUUCCAAGACUUAUCUCGGCGAGACGCAGACUCACAUAUCAGUCACUCCAGCCGGGACAGCUGGUUACAUUGAUCCCGAGUACUACCAAACCGGCAGGUUCACGGAGAGUAGUGAUGUGUAUAGCUUUGGCAUUGUUUUACUAGAGAUAGCCACCGGUGAGCCACCCAUAAUAUCGGGUCAAGGCCACAUCGUCCAGCGUGUGAAAAAUAAGAUUGUUGCUGGUGACAUCAGUUUGAUUGCCGAUGCACGGCUCGAUGGUGCAUAUGACAUCAGCUCCAUGUGGAAGGUGGUGGACACUGCAUUGCAGUGCACUGUUGAUGUUGUUGCUCAAAGGCCAACAAUGGCCACUGUGGUUGCCCAACUAAAGGAGAGCCUGGCAUUAGAGGAAUCUCGUGAAGACAGUGGCUUCAUGGGAAGCACAAGCACAGUCAGUGAUAACACAUUUUCUACGUCCAGGUUUGGUCCAUCAGCAAGAUGAAGCUGCAGCUGGCUUUGAUAAACUAUAUUUUUUCAUGUAAUGGAACAGUGAUGUAUGCUUGUGUAUGCAUGCACUGUGAUGGUGGAUUAGUUUUCUUUUGUGUGGAAGAAAAAUAAGGUGUCUUCUGGACCUCAUUUUGGUACUGCAAAGUUACUAGAUUAA